UUCCGAAGAUUCUUAUCCACGUCACCUUCUUCGCCGGAGAAUAUCACCUAACAAUGACCACCGUCGCCGUCUCGUUUCUAGCCCUCUUCCUCUAUCUAGUCGCCGCCGUUUCCGGUGACGUCAUCAAACUUCCUUCUCAAGCUUCCAAGUUCUUCCGCCCAACUGCAAACGACGAUGAUUCUACUAGGUGGGCUGUUCUCGUCGCCGGAUCUAGCGGAUACUGGAAUUAUCGACAUCAGGCGGAUGUUUGUCAUGCAUAUCAGCUUUUGAAGAAAGGUGGAGUGAAAGAGGAGAAUAUUGUAGUGUUCAUGUAUGAUGAUAUUGCGAAGAACGAAGAGAAUCCAAGACCUGGAGUUAUUAUCAAUAGUCCUAAUGGAGAGGAUGUCUAUAAUGGAGUUCCCAAGGAUUACACUGGAGAUGAUGUUAAUGUUGAUAACUUAUUAGCUGUGAUCCUUGGAAAUAAAACAGCUCUUAAAGGAGGAAGUGGGAAAGUUGUAGAUAGCGGUCCAAACGAUCAUAUCUUUAUAUACUAUAGUGAUCACGGUGGCCCGGGAGUGCUCGGGAUGCCAACUUCUCCGUACCUAUAUGCAAACGAUCUCAAUGAUGUCUUGAAGAAAAAACAUGCUUCGGGAACAUAUAAGAGCUUGGUGUUUUAUUUAGAGGCUUGUGAGUCAGGAAGUAUUUUUGAAGGCCUUUUACCAGAGGGUUUAAACAUUUAUGCGACAACUGCAUCGAAUGCAGUAGAAAGUAGCUGGGGUACUUAUUGUCCCGGAGAGGAUCCUAGUCCGCCUUCCGAGUAUGAGACCUGUUUGGGUGACUUAUAUAGUGUUGCUUGGAUGGAAGAUAGUGAUAAACACAAUUUACAGACAGAGACUUUGCACCAGCAAUAUGAACUGGUGAAAAAGAGGACAGCAGGUUCUGGUAAGUCUUAUGGUUCUCAUGUCAUGGAAUUUGGAGAUAUAGGACUCAGCAAGGAGAAGCUUGUUCUUUAUAUGGGUACCAACCCAGCCAAUGAAAACUUCACCUUUGUGAAUGAGAAUUCACUAAGGCCGCCUUCAAGAGUUACAAAUCAGCGUGACGCGGAUCUUGUCCAUUUCUGGGAUAAGUAUCGAAAGGCACCAGAAGGUUCUUCAAGAAAAGUUGAAGCUCAGAAGCAAGUCCUUGAAGCAAUGUCUCACAGACUUCAUGUCGAUAAUAGCGUUCUAUUAAUUGGGAAACUCUUGUUUGGUUUGGACGGUCCUGCGGUACUAAAUAAUGUCCGGCCUUCUGGAACACCGCUUGUUGACGAUUGGGACUGCCUUAAAUCGCUGGUGAGAGCUUUCGAGAGGCACUGUGGAUCGUUGUCUCAGUACGGAAUAAAGCACAUGAGAUCGAUUGCAAACAUAUGCAACGCAGGAAUUCAGAUAGGGGAGAUGGAGGAGGCAGCAAUGCAGGCUUGUCCCACCAUCCCUGCCACUCCGUGGAGCUCUCUUAACCGCGGAUUCAGUGCUUGAUCGUCAUCUGUGUCCAAUAUUUGUACCCCGACUCGAUCUCCAUUAAUGACAUCUGUGUAUAUAUCUUACUACCAAUUUCCUUACCAAUUAUAAUCCUUCCUAUGUACACAAGAUGUUGUAAAUAUGGUAUGCUUAAGUUCUUGAUGUCACAAACAAAGACACAGUGAUUGUAAGUAGUUGUUUCAAAUAAUCUUUAACUGUUCCA